AAUACACAGAGACAGUGGGGUGGGGUUGUUAUGGUUGGCGGACGCAGCUGUAGGUCCUGGCAUAAAAUGGUUGUCCUGGCAUAAACAGGCAGGACGUGUACUUAUAUCCUUUAUAUAGAUGAGACGGAGUUCGUAUUUGUUGCGCUUUAUUAAAAAAUGUGCGCAAUUCAAGAAAUGUUGCCCAGGUUACCUGCAGCUGAAGCGGCAGCAGUAGCAGCAGUUGCCUGGUUGCUGUUUAUACAGCACACAAGCAAACACAAACAAACACACGCACACAUGCACACAGGUAUCAAAUAUUAUUGAGCUGGAAGCAGGUGAGAGUGAGAGUAAAGGGAAGCUGAGCAGCAGCAUCUAUUGAUGGAGUGUCAGCCAGGACGCCGUCUCUGCUCGUCAGCUGCUGUUGGUCUAACUCCAAUAACCACAUUUGCAAGCCAGCAAGCCGUAGCAAGCCGGAAUCGGAGCCGUUGCCGUCGCCGUUGCCGUUGAGCAGAGACAGCGGGAGGAGUGAAUGCUGGUCGUUUGUCGGUUGCCAAGCGCUGGGUUGUUUGUCCGGGCUGUUGCCAUUGCCACCGGAUCCGAAGUUUGUUUAUAAACAUUUCACGUAUAUCAGCGAGCGAGUGAGUGGCCGGCCACACAAAUGUCCGUGUUGUAAACUUUUAUUAUUAGAGUCUCUCUUUUUUAUUUCAACAUAUUUUGUUGUUUUUUCCCUCUCGUUUGGCGAACAAUGUCAGAGAACAUAAAGACAAAAAAAGCAAAAACAACAAUAAAAUAGUACCCGACCAUAAAACAGCAACAAGAACAAAAUUUUUUUUGUUUUAUUUCUUUGUUUUACCCAACAGACUAAACAACAAAAGUUCGGCCCAUCGUCAUGGCCUCAAAGAAGAUCGCGCCGGAAAGGCGUCCAUACUGCGAUCCCCGUCUGACCGAUGUCAAUUUCCGCAGACAGCGCACGCUGCACUUGAAGCGCCCGUCUGAAAACGAGGUCACCAAGAAGAGUAGCAAGAGGCCACUCAACGAUUGCCCCUUCUUCGAUUUGAAAUAUAGCUUCGAUGAGCUGCCACUGGAUCCAAUCAAGGACUUUCUGUUGGAGAAGAUCUCUCACAUGCAGAAUGAUACCAUUGUUGGUCGCUGUAAUCGUGAAUUUGAUUUUCAUACAUACGAUUUGGUUAAUGUGAAGGACGUUUACAUAGAAUGCGAGGAUGAUAGCCUGCAGCGCCUGCGACUGCAGGAUAUUGUAAUGCCCGAAAAAUUUGAAAUGCUGCGCGAUGCCAAGAAUCAUGAAUAUAAUUUCGAUAGCAGAGAUUGUAAUCAAUUUCCCUGGAUUGACAAAUGGCUGAAUGGCGAGAAGCCCAGCGAAAAGGAAAUUUAUGAAAUGACCAACAAGCUUUUGGACAUUUAUUGCCAGCGACGCGUUCGCAUUUUCUACUUUAAUUGCGGCACACGCUCCUCGCUCUGGGCCAAUCAGCUGCGUCGCCAAUAUGGCACGCCCUCGGAACAGAUUGGAGCUUAUAAUACGCCCACGGCCAGGCAUUUGCGUGUGACGACCCUAAAUAGGAGGAAAGACACGAAGAAGACCGAAUUUAAGGCUGGCGAUCAUUAUGCGUUGCGAACGCCACAGGAAUGCCGAAAUGAGCUAAUGCGCGUGGGCAAGAUAAUUGAUAAGAUGAUUGAGCCAGUUCUCAAAGAGGCUGAACACAAUAUUGAGCAUGGAUUGCUUAGCUAUUCCGAUGAACGACCGUGCGCCGGUGUAGAGGCGAAACUGAGAUCUGCCAAAUGUAGCCCAGAUACACAGCGCAUUCAGCGCAAAAACUUUGCUACUAACAAAGAGUUUCUUCGCUGCCUGAAGAAAAUGGAAGCAACCCGCUUUCCCUACAUGACACCGUUGCAGCCAGUGGAUCCAGAAAUUCAGAAAUGUAAGCAGUUGCUUAAAUAUAAGAAGCAAUUUUUGAUAUCCAGUAACAAGUUUACAUUGCCUGUACAGAAACGUUACAAAUGCCUGUUGCAAAGCAUGUGUGUGCUACAGCUGGAAACGUAUCCUUCACGUCUAAUACGUAAGGCCAUACGUUUCAUCGACUCACGUAACGUUGUGCUGCAGGAUGCCUUCAGAUUCAUACUUCAGGAAGAGAAAUAUUGGCCCAAACUGCCGCCCGAGGUAAUCUUAUUCGAUUAUCUGUUUGUGGGGGAGCGUCCCAUAAGCCAAGAGUUUGCUGUCCUUGUCAUCGUUUGCCUAAUCGAUCUGCAGGAAGAUUUUCGCUAUCAUGUCAAGCGCUCCUUUCUACGCUAUCUGCUGCAAUCCAAUUUGGAACGCAAGCGUCUACAGCUAGAACCGGAACCGCCGGAUUUUCCUAUACUAACCAUCACCUCGCCUGUGCCUUGGAGAUCGCGUUUGUUGCUCGCCAAGAGCCGUAUUGGUGAGAUGCUUAUGAUUACGCAUCCGACGGUGCAAGCUUUGAAUCUGCUUUGGCAUCAGCUCUACGGGGAUUUGGUCAUUGUCGACUUGUCCAAGUUGUUGCUCAGCCAACGACCUUUGGAUGCGGACGUGGUGCAGGACUUUGUCAAGGAUAGUUGUGCACAAAUUAAAGACCUUCUGGUCAACGAUUGGCUGCCCCGUUGUGCAGAUCUGAUGGAUCUCAUGCGCAAUAGUUGGAAGGACAUGGUGCCCAUGACGGGCAAGUAUGGUGGACGCGCAGAGACCCUAUUAAAGUGCGUUCACGCUCUAAUGUCGCGCCACUUGGAGAGUUUGAUCAAUAAGAGUUUGGCUUAUCUAUUCAAAGUGCUGUGUAGCUAUAAGCAUGGCAAUGAAAUAGACGAAUAUUCCAUGUUCGAUAAGAAGCUGCAGCGCAGGCCUCUGCUGGCGCUCACCGUCUCCGUCGUGGGCGCCCACUUUGAUAACGAACCAAUUGAUUUUGGACCCGGCGUGCGGGCUGAUGAAAAUAUUUAUGUAUUCGAUGCUGAUGAUGCGGAUCCAUUUCAACAGCCGGGACAGACAAAUCCGGUGUUGGAAAUUGUACCCGAUAUAGAUGAUGUGGCCAUGUUUGAAAUGCACAACGCUUCCAAGCUCUAUAUCUAUCCGUAUAUGGUAGAGCUGCCAGCUAUUAUACGAGAUCUUUUUAAAAGCAUCUUAUCUGUGGGCUAUGAUAUACCACGUCUUGAGUGUGUCAUGUCUGGUGGAGCUGCUGAAGUUAGUGGCACAUUGAAUUACAUUGAUGAGGAUCAUGUGGACUUCCUAACACUAUGCAAAAAAGUUGAGGAAAUUGUGAAGAUAAAUUGGCGUGGUGUUAGUGUCUACUUGAAGCCCAUCUAUAAAUAUUACUAUGGAUUGUUCAAAAAACUGAUAUUGCCUAUGGUGGAGAAGAUGUGGACUGAUAAUACCUUGCCCGAUUUGAUGGUUGUUCAGGAAUUAAUGAAAAAAUUGAAUGCCAUCAGCGAUACGACCUAUUAUCUGCGUGAUUUUGUACCGUUAAAUUUGUUCUUGCUGGAUAAUCGACACGUCAAAGAAUCGCUGCGCUUGUAUGUAAGGAAUAUCUACGAUUUUAUAAUUGAUUUUUACAGAGCGCUCAACAUUAACGAGAAUCGCACCAUAUGCGAGGAGCUCGAGGAGAUGUCGAUGAAGGCGGGCGAACGGCCAGAGGAAACACCUGAGGUAGUUGCUCUGCAGAACUAUAUAUCCGAAUGCCGUGAGAUGAGAAUAUUUGCCAUCAAAGAUGAAAUCAAGCUGGUGUUGAAACGCGUCGUCUUUCUGCUGACACAUUCAUAUCUGACCAGCGAUGAAAUUCAUCUGAAUUCCCGCACAUUUAUACUGCCCGGUGAACUUGAAGAGGUCCUUGAUCUGAGUGCCGCACGCUUGUCUGUAGUGCGGGAUAAGCUGGAACAGGCAUUGAGAGAGAGACGUUUGCAGUUUGAAAAGCUACUCAUCCAAGAGAAACGUACAAUGGAUGGCUUCCGCAUCAGAGAAGUACGUGAAGUGCUCACCCUGGAUGACCUCAAGGAGCGUGUAGAUACAGUUGACUUGCUCUUCUCUACCAUCGAGAAUCUCAGUCGUGAAGCGAAGAACAUUAAUGUGGAGGAGACACUGUUGCAAAUUGAUGUCUCUGCCUUUCCGCUGCUGGCCGAAAUCAUUGAGAAGAUGGAACCAAUUGAAAAACUAUGGAAGACAUCGUACGAAUUCGAAAAGGAUUAUCUCAUUUGGAUGUUCGAGCGCUUCGAAUGCCUUAAUGCGGAUGGCGUGCGGGAGCAGAUCGAGUCCAUGUUCAAGAUUAUGCACAAGCUGUCGCGCCAGUUGUCCUACAAUCCGAUUGCCAAACGUGUCGCCGAGCAGAUACGCAUCAAAAUUGAAAAGUUUCGCGUCUAUUUGCCCGUGUUGGAUUCCAUCUGUCGGCAUGGUCUAGAGAAGCGGCAUUGGGAAAAAAUAUCGGCGAUAUUGGGUCGCCAAAUAAAUCCGCGUCUGUACCCCACGCUCAAGGACAUGAUUGAUGCCGAUAUAAUGAGCAUAUUGCCAGAGCUGGAGGAGAUUACGAAUGCAGCGGGCAAGGAAUACGAUUUGAAUAUGGGUCUCAAGAACAUGCAUAAUGAUUGGCGCGAUGUUAUGUUCGAUGUGCUCCAGUAUCGCGAUUCCGAUACGCAUCUGUUGGCCUCUAUAGAUGAUAUACAAACGCUGCUGGAUGACCACAUUAUGCGCACGCAGGCUAUGAAGCGUUCGCCUUUCAUUGUCGCCCUCGGCUCCAAGGCGGAUGACUGGGAGGAGCGACUGUUGCUGAUCCAGAAUAUCAUCGAUGCCUGGACAAAUGUGCAGGUCACUUGGAUGUAUUUGGAGCCCAUUUUCAGCUCUGAGGAUAUUAUGCGUCAAAUGCCGCUGGAGGGCCGUAACUUUAAGGCCGUGGAUAAGAUCUGGCGACGUAUUAUGAAGAAUACGCUAAAGGAUCAGCAUGUAAUGGUGGCCACCGAAUAUCCCAAUAUGCUUGAGAUAUUUACCAAGGCUAUCGAGGAUUUGGAGACGGUGCAGAAGGGCUUGAAUACGUAUUUGGAGCAGAAGCGUCUGUUCUUUGCCCGUUUCUUCUUUUUGUCCAACGAUGAACUGCUCGAAAUACUGUCGGAGACGAAGGAUCCAAUGCGCGUGCAGCCACAUUUACGCAAAUGCUUUGAAGGCAUUGGCACCUUAACUUUCGAUGAAAACAUGGAAAUCACGCAAAUGAUUAGCGAUGAAGAUGAGCGCGUCAGUCUGGUGCGCAAGAUCAAUCCGCAAUCGGCGAAUGGCUUGGUGGAAAUUUGGUUGAAGGAGGUCGAGUAUGUUAUGCUGGAUAGUGUACUAGAACAAAUGAAAGAAUCCUGGGAGGAUUAUGCCCAGAUCGAUCGUAUUUCCUGGGUCGUAUCAUGGCCCGGCCAGGUUGUACUCGGCAUUUCCUGUGCUGCCUGGACCUAUGAGGUGGAGGAAGCCAUUGAGAAGAAGUUCCUGCCGGCAUAUUUGGAGAAGUCCAAUUCACAAAUUGGAGACCUGGUACGACUCGUUCGUACAGAUCUUCAAACUGGUGUGCGCAUUGCUGUGGAGGCGCUCAUUGUGCUGGAUGUGCAUGCUCGCGAUGUUGUCAAGUAUCUGGUGGACAUGCAUAUUACUAGCAUACAGGACUUCGAUUGGAUAUCGCAGUUGCGCUACUAUUGGAAGGUCAACGAGAAGAACGAGGAUUGGGUGUGCGUCAGCAUGGUGGUUACAGACGUUAAAUAUGGCAUGGAAUACCUUGGCAAUUUGCCACGCUUGGUCGUUACGCCGCUCACGGAUCGCUGCUAUCGCACUUUGAUGGGCGCUUUGAAGUUAUGUUUGGGCGGCGCGCCGGAAGGUCCUGCGGGCACUGGCAAAACGGAGACCUGCAAGGAUCUGGCCAAGGCUGUGGCCAAGAAGUGCGUCGUAUUUAACUGCUCCGAUGGCCUCGACUACAAAGCGCUGGGCAAGUUCUUUAAGGGCCUGGCACAGUCGGGAGCUUGGGCCUGCUUCGAUGAGUUCAAUCGCAUAGAGCUGGAGGUGCUGUCGGUGGUGGCGCAACAGAUUCUAACCAUACAGCGGGCUAUUGGACGCAAGGUUGUGAAAUUCUUUUUCGAGGAUACAAUGCUCAAACUGGAUCCAACUUGCACCAUAUUCAUAACCAUGAAUCCUGGCUAUGCUGGCCGCACAGAACUGCCCGAUAACUUGAAGGUUCUGUUCCGUACGGUGGCUAUGAUGGUGCCGGACUAUGCGAUGAUCGGCGAGAUAACACUAUACUCUAACGGCUUCGAUAUGGCACGUGUGUUGUCACAGAAGAUUGUGCAGGCCUACAAAUUGUGCUCGGAGCAGCUGUCCUCGCAAUCCCAUUAUGAUUAUGGUAUGCGCGCCGUGAAAUCCGUGCUAUUGGCAUCCGCAUCGCUGCGUCGCCUUUAUGCUGACCUGCCGGAGCCCCAGAUUGUUUUGCGCGCCAUUGUUGAUGUCAAUCUGCCGAAAUUCCUCGAGCAAGAUAUUUCCCUCUUCAUUGGCAUCUAUAUGGAUCUCUUCCCGGGCGUCGACCUGCCCAUGCCAGUACGCGAUGACAUAAUCAAGUGGCUGCGUAUUAAUCUGGCGGAGAGAAAUCUGCAGGCAACGCCUUGGUAUUUGGAAAAAAUAAUGCAGAUAUACGAGAUGAUGCUGGUGCGGCACGGUCUGAUGAUAGUGGGCGGCUCUAUGGGCGGCAAGACGACAGCCUAUCAGAUGCUCGCCCAGACGCUGCGAAAUGUUUCACUUGAUGAGCAGGCAACGCUCAAAGAAUAUCCGGUGGUCUUUCGCAUUAUUAAUCCCAAGGCAAUUACCAUGGGUCAGCUUUAUGGACGCUUUGAUCCCAUCUCUCAUGAAUGGUCGGACGGUGUGUUGGCCAAAACGUUUCGGGAGCAGGUGCAAGGACCGAAAACGGAACGCGCCUGGGUCAUGUUUGAUGGACCCGUGGAUGCGGUUUGGAUUGAGAACUUAAAUACCGUGCUGGAUGACAAUAAGAAACUGUGUCUCAUGUCCGGCGAAAUUAUGCAAAUGACCAAGAUGAUGAACAUGAUGUUCGAGCCCGCCGAUCUGGAGCAGGCAUCACCGGCCACCGUUUCCCGCUGCGGCAUGAUCUAUAUGGAGCCCUCGCAGCUGGGCUGGCGUGCCUUCCACAAGAGCUUCUGUAACGUGCUGAUCAACGUUGUGGGCCUUAACGAAAUCUAUAUGAAUCUGUUUGAGGACAUGAUCGAGUGGCUGAUACCAGCUGCCCUGGAGUUUCUACCGCAGUGCAAGCAAAUGCUGGAGCUAUCACCAAUUUAUCAGUACCAGACUUUCUCACGCUUCUUUCUGCACUUUCUCGAGAAGCACAAGGUGUUCAAUCAGACUUGGUUCCAGCAAAUGUUUCUCUUCUGCUAUGCGUGGGCCUACUGCUCGGCUCUGACGGGUGCGGGUCAGCGGACCUUUGAUGCGCUGCUGCGCAAGGUGAUUUAUGGUUCCAACGAGGACUUCCCGAAACCCAAGUAUUUCUCACUGAAUCGCGGCCAAAUGUUUCCCGAGAAGCAAGUCUUUCUCGACUAUCGGUUCGAUGAGGCCGAAAAUUGGUGGACUUGGCAAAAGUCAUCCGAUGAUCCGUCAUCGGGCAGCGCACAUUUCCCGGAGUCUGCGCAAAUCAGCGAACUGAUUGUGCCUACCAAGGAGACGGGCUACAUAUCCUACUGGCAGGAGUUUUGCACAGCCAAAUCCUUUAGUCUGCUGGUCAUCGGGCCAACUGGCACGGGCAAGAGCGCCAUAAUAACUAGCAACUUGCUGGCUCUACCCAAAUAUGCCAAUAUUAUCAAUAUUAUCAACUUCUCUGCACGCACCUCGGCCCAAAUGGUGCAGGAUACAAUCAUGAGCAAGCUGGAUCGACGACGCAAGGGCGUCUAUGGACCAGCAUUAGGCAAGAAGUGCAUAGUCUUUUGUGAUGAUGUGGCCAUGCCCUCCAAGGAUACGUACGGCUCACAGGCUCCGCUGGAACUUCUGCGCACUUGGCUAGAUCAUGGCUACUGGUCGGAUCUAAUAGAUACCACGAAAAUCGAGCUGAUUGAUAUGUCUUUGGUCUGUGCUAUGGGCACAUUGGGCGGCAGCAAUUUUAUCUUUCCGCGUCUCUAUCGCCACAUGUUCGUUGUGGCCGUGGACUCCUUUGAGGAUUCAACUAUCAUACGUAUAUUCACGACGAUUGGUGAUUGGCAUUUUGCCAAGGGCUAUCCCGAGAAGGUGGGCCUGCUAUCGCGUGGCUUGGCAGAGGCAAUGGUCAGCGUCUAUCGCGAGGCAAUGCGCAUCUUUCUGCCCACGCCAGCCAAGUCGCACUAUACCUUUUCUUUGCGAGAUAUCACGCGCGUCUUUCAGGGUAUUGUGAUGGUGCCGCCAAAGCGUAUGCCGGAUCCGGAAAAGAUGGGUCGUUUGUGGGCGCAUGAAACUUAUCGUGUGUUUUAUGACCGUUUGGUCGACCAGCUGGAUCGGGAUCGUCUUCUAAUUAUGGCCAUUGAUGCGUGUAAGAACUGCUUACGCUUCUCGCUCGAAUCGGCUUUCGCAGAGCGCAUUGAACCGGGCGAGAAGUUGAGCGACAACGAUAUACGUAAUCUCUUCUUUGGCAACUACAUGGAACCGGAUGCGGAGCCCAAGUUCUAUGACGAAUGCGACAGCUAUCAAAAGCUAGAGAAGCUCAUGAAGUACUAUCUGCAAGACUACAACUCCUUCUCCAGUUCGCCGAUGGAUUUGGUCAUGUUUCGAUUUGCCAUCGAGCAUGUCAGCAGAGUCUCUCGUGUGCUGCAAAUGCCUCGAGGCAACAUUCUGAUGGUCGGCAUGGGUGGUUCAGGCCGACGCAGCUCUUGUCGCCUGGCUGCUCACAUAGCCGAUUGCCGCCUGAUGACCGUCCAGGUGUCCAAAUCAUACACAAUAGCCGAUUGGCGCGAUGAUCUCAAAAAGAUACUUAUGGCAUCAAGUUUCAAUAUAAAUCACACCGUGUUCCUAUUCUCCGAUGCUCAGGCAACGGAUGAGGGCUAUGUGGAGGAUAUCAAUGGCAUACUUAAUACAGGUGAUUUGCCAAAUCUGUAUCAACUGGAGGACAAGGCAACCAUUAUGGAGAAUAUGGCCAGUGUGGCCAAGCAAUUGGGCAAAGUGCUGGACACGCUGCCGAGCGAGGUGUAUGCCUAUUUUAUUGAACGAAUAAGAGAGCAGCUGCAUAUAGCGCUCGCCUUUUCGCCAAUCGGAGAUUCGUUCAAGGAACGCAUACGAGUCUAUCCCUCGCUGAUCAAUUGCUGCACCAUUGACUGGUAUAUGCCCUGGCCGGAGGAGGCGCUCUCGCGCGUGGGCACCUAUUUCGUCACGUCCAUGAAUCUAAAUAAGCCACACGAGGAGACGCCAAGGAUUUCCGAGGAAGCGCAGGAGUUGCAGGAGGGUGAGAAACACAAGACUAUAGGCGAAGUUGAACGGGAAUUAACACAGCUAGAGGAAGAUUUGGUCGUUUGUGUCAUGUACUUCCAUCAAUCCGUGGUGGAUGCUAGUGAAAAAUGUUAUUUGGAGUUGGGUCGUCGCAAUUAUGUGACGCCUUCAGCUUAUCUAGAGCUGCUGAAAGCCUUUCGCACAUUCUACGCUCGUAAAAUCGAUGAGAUAACUAGAUUGAGGGACAGAUACACAACUGGCUUAGAGAAGUUGGAUUUUGCUGCCAGUCAGGUGGGUGAAAUGCAGACUAAUCUGUACGACUUGCAGCCGAAGCUGAAGAUCUUAUCCGAUGAAACCGAUCGCAUUAUGGUGAAUAUUGAGCGUGAGACGGCAGAGGCCGAGAAGAAGAAAGAAGUGGUGGGUGCAGAUGAAGCGGCGGCCAAUGAAGCAGCUGCCGCGGCACAAGCCAUCAAGGACGAUUGCGAAACGGAUCUUGCAGAGGCAAUUCCUGCAAUGGAGGCAGCCCUCGAAGCGCUGAACACUUUGAAGCCCGCGGAUAUUGGCGUAGUGAAGUCCAUGAAGAAUCCGCCAUAUGGCGUCAAGUUAACUCUGGAGGCGGUUUGCGUGCUCAAGGGCAUAAAGCCUGAUCGUAAACCAGAUCCAAGUGGCCAUAUGGUGGAGGACUAUUGGGGUCCAUCUAUGCGCAUGCUCAGCGACAUGAAGUUCCUCGAAUCGCUCAAGACCUUCGACAAGGACAACAUACCGCCGGCCAUUAUUAAAAAGAUACGAGAUAAGUAUAUAGCUGAUCGAGACUUCGUGCCAGAAAAGAUUAAGGCCGCUUCCAUGGCUUGCGAGGGCAUUUGUAGAUGGGUGCGUGCCAUGGAUGUCUACGACAAGGUGGCACGCAUCGUCAUGCCCAAAAAGGCAGCGCUGGCCGAAGCUGAGGGCGAUCUGUCACAGCAAAUGGAGAAGCUGAACGCUAAACGCGCCGAGCUGCAGGUCAUUCUAGACAAGUUGCAGAAGCUCAACGAUUUCUUUGCAGAGAAAUCACGCGAGAAGAAGCGGCUCGAAGACGACAUAGAGAACUGUGAGAAAAAGUUGAACAGAGCUGAAAAACUGCUGGGCGGCCUGGGCGGCGAGAAGACACGCUGGUCAGAGGCAGCGAAGACCCUGCACGAAUCCAUCAGCAAUAUUGUGGGCGAUGUGCUGCUCGCUGGUGGCUGCACCGCUUACCUGGGCUUCUUCACCACCGAAUAUCGCGCUAAUAUUUUGGAUGAUUGGAAUAGCAUUUGCGCUCGACAUCAUAUACCCAGCAGUGAGACCUUUUCGCUGGCCACCACAUUGGGUCAUCCAAUGACAAUACGCGCCUGGUCGUUGGCCGGACUGCCCGCUGAUAACUUUUCGGUGGAGAAUGGCAUCAUCGUAGCCAAUAGCAGUCGCUACUCCUUGCUCAUCGAUCCGCAGGUGCAAGCAAACAAGUGGAUCAAAAAUAUGGAGAAAAACAAUAAUUUGAAGGUGAUUAAGCAGAGCGAUUCCAAUUAUAUGCAAGUGCUUGAGCUGGCCUUGACCUAUGGACAACCUGUGCUCAUAGAGAAUGUGGGCGAGAAACUGGAUUCGAAUCUAACGCCCAUCUUGGAGAAGAACAUUAUCAAGAGCAAGGGCGGCCUGUUCAUAAGGAGUGGCGACACAAUGAUUGAAUACAAUCCCAAUUUUCGUCUUUACAUAACGACCUGUCUGCGCAAUCCGCACUAUCCGCCGGAAGUGAUGGUUAUGGUAACAGUAUUAAAUUUCAUGAUAACUGAACAAGGAUUACGCGAACAAUUGCUGGCGAUUGUUGUGGCACACGAGCGUCCCGAUUUGCAAGAGAAGAAGGAACAAUUGAUUAUUGAAUCCGCAAGGAAUCGUGAUGCAUUGUACACCAUUGAAUCCCAGAUAUUAGAGGUGCUGUCCACAUCGGAGGGCAAUGUGCUGGAGGAUGAGAAUGCCAUCAAUAUACUAUCGUCCAGUAAGAUCCUAUCGGAAGACAUACAGGAGAAGCAGGUUAUUGCCGUUGCCACCGAAAUCGAAAUCGACGCAGCACGACAGCAGUAUAUACCCGUGGCCAAGCACUCGGCCAUUUUAUUCUUCUGCAUCAGCGAGCUGGCCAAUGUGGAUCCGAUGUAUCAGUAUUCCUUAGCCUGGUUUCUAAAUCUCUUCGUGAAUACCAUAUUGAAGGCGCCCAAGUCGGCGGUGCUGCUGGAGCGCUUACAGAAUCUUAACGAUUUCUUUACCAAAUCCAUUUAUACCAACGUCUGCCGUUCGCUAUUCGAGAAGGACAAGCUGGUCAUAUCGCUGGUCAUGUGCUUGGGUAUACUGGUCUCCCAGGGCCGUCUGGAAAAGGAGGAGCUGCUGUUUUUCUUGACUGGCGGCAUUGGCUUCAAGUCGAUCAUACCCAAUCCAUACAAAGAUUGGCUGCCUGAAAAGGCGUGGGCGGGCAUCUACCGAGCCAGCGAUCUGGAUGGCAUCAGCAACUUACAUUCGAAAAUGAAAAAAAAUUUAAAUGAGUGGCGCGAUUACUACGAUGCUACCAAUCCACAAGAAAUGCCCUUGCCAGCGCCCUACAACGAGGUCAGCGAGAUGCUGAAACUGAUCAUAUUGAAGAGCAUGCGACCAGACAAACUGGUGCCAGCUGUGCGUGCGUACAUCACCCGCAACCUGGACAGGUCGUUUGUGGAGCCGCCGCCGUUCGAUUUGGGCGCUUCGUUCGCGGACAGCUCGCCAAGAAUACCGCUGGUGUUUUUGCUUUCAGCCGGCUCCGAUCCCAUGGCCAGUCUCUUUAUGUUCGCCAAACAACGCAACAUGUACGAAAAAACGAAAACGAUUUCGUUGGGUCAGGGCCAAGGACCGCGUGCAGAAAAGAUGAUCACGGACGCAGUGCGUCAUGGCCAAUGGGUCGUUCUGCAGAAUUGUCACGUCGCCUUCAGCUGGAUGGGUGACCUGGAGCGUAUUUGCAACGACACCACAUUAACGGAGAACGCACAUGCCGACUAUCGCCUGUGGUGCACCUCAUAUCCAAGCUCCGUAUUUCCCGUCUCAGUGCUGCAGAACUCAGUGAAGAUGACAAACGAGCCGCCCAAGGGUUUGCGAGCCAAUAUGCACCGCUCAUUUACCUCAGAUCCAUUAAUGCGCGACAAGUUCUUUACAAACGCCUUCCUGUUCUCUGACCAGGCCAACAAGUGUUGGCUGCGCGGCGUCUUUGCUUUGGUCUUCUUCCAUGCUGUCGUGCAGGAGCGGCGCGAGUUCGGUCCCCUAGGCUGGAAUAUACCCUACGAGUUCAAUGAGUCGGAUCUAAAAAUCUCCUUGCUGCAGUUGAAGAUGUUCAUUGCGCAGAACCACAGCAUACCCUUCCGUGGACAUGUCUAUCUGACAGGCGAGUGCAAUUACGGCGGACGUGUGACCGACGACAAGGAUCGUCGUCUGAUGUUGUCGCUGCUGAACAUGAUAUACAAUAGCAAUACAAUAGAGGUUGAUAACUAUGCCUUGUCACAGUCGGGCAACUAUUGUGUGCCUCUGAGUCCAACAAAACUGAACUCCAUUGAGUAUGUAUCCACGUUUCCGCUGAGUCCGCAGCCCGAGGUAUAUGGCUUGCAUGAGAAUGCGGAUAUUAAUCGCAAUGUGAAGGAAACUAAUGCCCUCAUUAACGGAGUGCUGCUCACGCAGACCGAUUUGAUGGCCUCGGUGAAGGCGAGUUCGGCAAGCGGCGCUAAGGAAGAUCCGGCCAUAGCCAUAUGUAAGGAAUUAUUAGGUCGCCUGCCUGAAGAAUUCGACCUCGCCGAGGUGUCCAAGACAUAUCCCGUGGUCUAUACCAAUUCAAUGAACACGGUGCUACGGCAAGAGCUAAUACGCUUCAAUCGUCUGCUCUCCUAUAUACGCAAGAGCCUGGUGAAUGUGGGCAAAGCUGUAGUCGGUCAGAUAGCGAUGAUACCCGAAUUGGAGCGCACACAUGCGUCCAUGAUUAUAGGUAAACUGCCAGCGGAUUGGUUGAAGAAGAGCUAUCCGUCGCUCAAGCCUUUGGGCAGCUACGUGAGCGACUUUCUGGCCCGCUUGGCCUUCUUUCAGGAGUGGAUAGACAACGGUGAGCCGAAUGUCUAUUGGAUAUCGGGCUUCUACUUCACCCAAUCCUUCAUAACGGGCGUCCUGCAAAACUAUUCGCGCAAGAAUCGCUUUCAGAUUGACAUGAUUUUCAUUGAGUUUGCAGUCACCAAAUUUGAGACGCAAACCACACAGGUCGCUAGUGUGGGCGCCUAUAUCAGGGGCAUUUUCAUAGAGGGCGCUCGCUGGAAUCGCAAGACCAAAGAAGUGGAUGAAUCGUUUUCGAAAAUUUUAUUCGAUACUCUGCCUGUUAUAUAUUUACGUCCUGUGCUUCGAAUGCCAGAGGAAAUACCACGCGGCAGCGACACUGAGGUGCAGCGUCCCCGUGCCGGUACGGAUGCUGCUCCCAUUUAUGACUGUCCCGUUUAUAAGACCAGCGAACGUCGUGGCAUACUCUCCACCACGGGGCAUUCGACGAAUUUUGUAAUGUAUCUGCAGCUGAGGUGCUCCCAGACGGAGAUGCAUUGGAUUAAUCGGGGCACCGCUUGCCUCUGCCAGCUGGAUGAUUGAAAAUUGACCCACGGACGGGCCCCAAGCCACCGGAUGUGCCUCACAAUAAGUUACACAUAUUAUAAGCCGACGGGGGCGAACGGAUGCAUGAAUUGAAAAUGAAACUGAAAACGGCAGCCGACGCGUAUUUUACGGCCC